AUGACGCUGAACAUGUACGCUCUGGUGAACUUGUUCCCGUACGUCGGCACCUUGGUAAAGACUCUCCUGAAGCUCGAAACAAUGAAUGAAGUUGGUUUUUACGCCGGCUACGUGGCCAGCUCGUUCACGUUCGGCCGGUUCUUGAGCGGCUACGUUUGGGGGUCCGCGACGGACAUCAUCGGAAGGAAACCGGUGAUCAUCAUAGGACUGCUGUCGAUCACGAUAUUCUCCAUGAUCUUCGGGAUGUCCGAGACCUAUUCUAUGGCCAUCACAACGAGGUUUAUCCUUGGACUGACUAACGGCAUCAUGCCGGCUCUUCGGACAUCGUUGAGCGAGGUCUGCGGGCCCGAGCACGUCGUUCUAGGGAUGACGUACAUCAGCGGUACUAGGGCCAUCAGCAUGGUGAUCGGCACGGGAAUCGGCGGUCUACUGGCACAACCAGCGCUCCACUACCCGACCGUUUUCUCGCCCACAGGCCUUUUCGCCAUGUACCCGUUCCUGCUCCCGAACCUGGUGGGGGCUGUGCUGUCGGUCUUCGCCCUCUUCCUCGUGAUUUUUUACCUCCCGGAGACCAAGGACUACAACAAGCGCAGGUUCAGCAGAGACUCGGUGCGGACUGCCAGCACCGAUCCCCGACGGUCUCCCUCUGCAAGCCCGGGACGAAGCAGCAGAAAAAAUUGCGGCUCCUCCACAAGUGCCAUCAAUUCAACGAAUCCCACUGAAUCGCCGAGCUUACACUUGCAACAGCAGCAGCAGCAACAACAGGGGAGGCAGAAGAAGCUGCCAUAUGGUGCUGACAUCGACCGGCGGGAGAAAGGAGAAGGGGCGCCGUUGUACCAGCAUCUCAGCCAGGAACCCCUCGCUGGUGACGCCUCCUUCCCUGCCUCCGCAGCCGAGAAGACAACGGACGGCAGCAAGAGCAGCACUUGCGCUACCGACGAGCUGUCGGCCGCCGAGCAGGGAGACGAAGAGCAGGGUCUCUUCGGGCCAGGAGGCCUGCUGGCUAGACCGCACGUCAAGCUUGUCCUGUUCCUCGGGUGUAUAAUCGCGACCCUGGCGAUCGGGUUCGACGAGGUGUACCCUCUGUACGCGCUAAGUACUCCCAGCGUCGGAGGACUUGGCUGGAACACAGUGCAGAUUGGACAGGUGAUGGUCGUGGCAGGCUUGCUGUUGGCAGUCUGCCAGCUCGUGUUGUUCCCCCCCUUCAUCAAGAUGGUCGGCAUCACAUACUUUCAGCGCCUUGGCUGCGGAGUGGGUGUCGCCGCCUUCCUGGCCGUCCCAGGGCUUACGUCAAUCGGCUGGGACUACGAUUCUCUUUUCUCUCUGUCGGUGGUCGCCAACAAUUUGAUCAUGUGCAGUCUCGGGUCGAUUUCGCUGGCACUGUCGCUCGGGUCUACCACCCUGGUUCCAUCCAGAAUGCGAGGGAAGCUGGGCGGGCUUUACAACACUGCGGAGAGCCUCGGCCGUUUCUGUGGCCCAGUCGGCUACGCCACCACGUACGCCUGGUCUGUGUCGCCUUCCACCCUCGAAGCCUUCGGCGGCUGGGUCGAUUACCACUUGGUAUUCUGCGCGUCCGCACUGGCCCUAGUUGUAGUGGGAGUAAUGGCCUGGAGAACGCUGACUGUGGAGAGUUUGAUGUCCGAAGAGCUUGAUCGUGCGGACGUUGAUGUUGUUCAUCCAACAGACAAAACUGUACCCUCUUCUUCGUGA